CUGACUUUGAGAAAAAAACAUAAAAGGAAAUACUGAAAGGAAACUUGUAUUUCCACUUUUACACAAGAGCCCGAGAAAGCUGACUUUUAAGCUCCAUUACCAGAUAUGCAGGGGGCUGUGGUAUGAGAGAACACAAGAGAAUAUCACUGGGAAACAUGAUGUCUGAAGUCGCUAGGGACUCAGUGACUUUCCAUUUAUGCAGUGAAGAAAAUUGCACAAUGAAAAUUGGAAUGAUUACAUCAGGGAAAGAAGAAAAUAGUACGAAGGAUAUUAAAAUGGAAAUGGAAACAUGGCUGUAUGUUCCUGGCCUAACUACACCUUAUAAUGAGAUGGCACCCAAGCCAGAGCUGAUUGACAUUACAAAGCUAAUAGGUGUCCAGGUGAUUCUUAUCUUGGCUUACAGUUCCAUCAUUCUUCUGGGGGUCAUUGGCAAUAGCCUUGUAAUUUAUGUUGUCAUCAAGUUUAAAACUAUGCGCACUGUCACAAACUAUUUCAUCGUGAAUCUGGCCGUGUCUGACUUGAUGGUGAACACACUGUGUCUCCCAUUUACAUUGGUUUACACUCUACUGGAUGAGUGGAAGUUUGGAACAGUAUUGUGCCAUUUGGUGACCUAUGCUCAAGGUCUUGCAGUUCAUGUAUCCACUGUUACACUUAUGGUAAUUGCCCUUGACAGACAUCGAUGCAUUGUAUACCACCUGGAGAGCAAAAUUUCCACAAAAAUCUGCUUUAUGAUUAUAGGCAUUACAUGGGUUUGUAGUGCUGUACUUGCUAGCCCAUUGGCAAUCUUCAAGGAAUACUCACUUAUUGUCAUAUCACCAGAUUUUCAAAUUCAAGUGUGUUCAGAAACUUGGCCAGGAGGACAUCUUAAUUACAGCACCAUUUACAGCAUAUCAAUGUUGUUGAUUCAAUAUAUUUUACCUCUAGCCAUAAUAUCAUAUGCUUAUGUAAGAAUAUGGACCAAACUGAAAAACCAUGUGAGUCCCGGUGGAGGAAACGAUCACUAUCACCAAAGGAGACGAAAGACGACAAAGAUGUUGGUAGCUGUAGUGGUGGUGUUUGCCGUAAGCUGGCUGCCUUUCCAUGCUUUUCAGCUUGCAAGUGACAUUGAUAGCAAAGUUUUGGACCUGAACGAAUAUAAACUCAUUUAUACAAUAUUUCAUGUGGUUGCUAUGUGUUCCACAUUUGCCAACCCAAUCCUUUAUGGGUGGAUGAACAACAAUUACAGAACAGCUUUUCUUACUGCUUUUAAAUGCGAACAGAGGAUGGAUUCUAUUCACCCUGAAGUCUCUGUAGCUUAUCAAGCCAAUAAGAAACAGUUACAAGUCAAAGAGAUUAAUGGCCCCCUUGACAACUGUCAGAACUCUUGCACAGAGCCUACCUGCGUGUAAUGCUAGGUAGCGCUUACAGUAUAUCACAAAACAAAUGCAACUUCAUAAAGAAUGUAUAAAUGUUCUUUAAGAGGAACUACUGGUGACAUUAGCGUUGCUACAAAGUAAAGAAAACAUGGUAAAGCACUAAGGGCAAAAUUAAAUGGGACAUUGAGAUUUCUUGAAAUGCAGUAAUAAUCAUUAGAAAAAUGUUUGUGACGUAAUACCACAGGGAAAAGCCAUGUUUAAAAGGCUGGUUUAUGUACAAGUAUAAUUUAUUAUAUUGGAGUUAUUUAUCAAAAUUGCCCCAUAUUGUGUUUGAAAUACUUAAUUAUUUUUCAGCGGCUCUUUAUUUAUUUAUUACAGCUGUGUCUGCUUGAUAAUGUAUUUGCGCUGUAAGUUUUCUGCUUACCUUAGCAGAAGUGCAGUGAAAAACACUUGUGCUUAAUUACACCACUGUAGAAUGGAGCAAACUGAUUAAGAGAAGCAUUGUUCUAUGCAUGUUUCGAUUAACAGUUUACAGCAACCUGGGACUUUUUUAGUAAGCUGGGAUUUGUGUCCAGGUUCUAUGCCAUCAAACCUUGGCUUAUGGUAAGUUGUCUUCUAUAAGCAUUGUGUCCCAUUCAGUACCUAUGAAAUUCAUUAAUGGAGGUCCUGAAUUAUUUCAUCAACAUUCAACAGUAAUUGUACUAACAUUUCUUUGCAGCUGCCCAAGCAGUAAUUGUAAAACAAUCACACAUUUUAUUUUUCUUCACCAAUGAGCAGUUUUAAAUAUAAAUAUUAUAUAUUGUGCAUUACAACUGUAUACUUGUACAGCAGUACUAUGUGCCAUUAUCCACAUACUGUAUGUUUAUGAAUGUCCUUUUCCAUGAACUUGCAUGUACUGUAAUAGUGAUAUAUAUAUAUAUAUAUAUAUAUAUACAGUACCUAGUAUUUUUAUAUUAUGAGGUUAUUUUAUGGAUUUACUAGUACAGAAUUUCUCUUCUCCAUUUUGCUGGUAAAACUUGCAUGAGUCUCUGAAAUCAGGCACCUACAGUACAGUGCCAAAACCCUUUCUGUGUAGCUAUUUAAUUCAUCUGUCAUACAAUAUAGAAUAUACUUAAAGGCAGACAUUGAUGUUUUGUACAUGAGCUGCCAGAGGAUCAUGUUUGAAUUAUUCAUUUGCACUAGAUUUUAAUUCCCACUUGAGGUAAAAUAUACUUCUCAGUACGGAGUGAAAUGCCCUUGAAUAGUUUUUCUCAAUAGCAAUAUCCUGUAAGAGUAUUCAGUGAGUCUGCAAUACGUUUGUCCCUAAACUGCAUGGCCUACUGUUAAUGAUUGAAUGUAGCUAGCAUCCUCACGCUUAGGAUGCUGGCGUACACAAGAUCAGCACCAAAAUCCUGACACCAGUCAGAAUACUGAUGCAGGCAUCCCUACAGCUGACAUCCCAAGUAUCAGGGGAAGGUUAGAGUUAGGGCUGCGGGAGGAGAGGUUAGGAUUAGGCUGCGGAAGAGGAGGGUUAGGGUUAG